CAUAAGCUCCCUGCUCGACAUAGAAGUGAGCUUUCGGGAAUCUGGUCUGUAAUGUUUAUCAUUUGAAUUUUGAAAACGGUGUUCAUGUGAGAACAUUCUGUACGGAAUAAUGUGAGCAAGAGAAAAGCAAGACGUAGACGAACUGUUUUUACGGGUGGGUGGAAAGACGGGCAUCCGGCCUCCGAGGAAGCGCCUAUCGAGGUGUGGAAGUCAGGUCGAAGCAACGUACAUCGUUUCUGGCCCUGCCAGCUCAGCCAACCCUGAGGAGUGUGUGAUGGAGAAGAUGAAGAGGUUUAAGCGGCGUCUGUCUCUAACUCUGCGCUCCAGCCACACCAUAGACGAGUCUCUGUCUGAACUGGCCGAGCAGAUGACCAUCGAGGACGGCGGCAACAAGGACAACGAGCCGAUCGUGCGUAAUGGACGACCGCCCUCCUCUCACAGCAUGCACUCGUUCCUGCACCAGUACACCGGCUCCUUCAAGAAGCCCCCCCUCCGCAGACCACACAGUGUCAUCGGAGGAAGCCUGGGUUCCUUCAUGACCUUCCCCAGCAAUGGCAGCCGCCUCGACAUCGUCCAUGAGAACCUGAAGAUGGGCUCAGACGGGGAGAGUGACCAGGCGUCUGGGACGUCGUCAGACGAGGUGCAGUCACCCACCGGGGUGUGUCUGAGGAACAGGGUGCAACGACGCAUCUCCAUGGAGGACCUGAACAAGCGUCUGUCUCUGCCUGCUGACAUCCGUAUCCCUGAUGGUUACCUGGAGAAGCUGCAGCUGAGCAGCCCUACCUUCGACCAGCCCCUCAGCCGACUCUCACGCAGGGCCUCACUGUCAGAGAUUGGUUUUGGGAAGCUGGAGACCUACAUCAAACUGGACAAACUGGGAGAGGGGACCUAUGCUACAGUAUUUAAGGGGCGCAGUAAGCUGACUGACAACCUGGUGGCGCUAAAGGAGAUUAGGCUGGAGCACGAAGAGGGAGCACCCUGCACCGCCAUCAGAGAAGUGUCGUUACUGAAGGACCUGAAACAUGCCAACAUCGUGACCUUACAUGACAUUGUCCACACAGACAAGAGCCUGACACUGGUCUUCGAGUACCUGGAUAAAGACCUGAAGCAGUACAUGGAUGACUGUGGUAACAUCAUGAGCAUGCACAAUGUCAAGAUCUUCUUGUUCCAGAUUUUGCGGGGGUUGGCGUACUGCCACAAGCGGAAGGUUCUCCACAGAGACCUAAAGCCCCAGAACCUGCUCAUCAACGAGAGAGGGGAACUCAAACUGGCUGACUUUGGUCUGGUGCGGGCAAAGUCUGUCCCCACUAAGACGUACUCCAACGAGGUGGUGACUCUGUGGUACCGGCCACCUGACGUCCUGCUAGGCUCCUCCACACAGAUUGACAUGUGGGGUGUGGGGUGUAUAUUUUACGAGAUGGCUGCAGGUCGGCCCCUGUUUCCUGGCUCCACCGUAGAGGACGAGCUCCACCUCAUAUUCAGACUGCUGGAGUGAUGGCGUCCAGCUCCCCCAUGGUGAACGGGGACAUCUCCCGGGGUCCUAGCUCUCACCCCGGCCACAUCCCCUCCACAGGCACCCUGGAGGAAACGCUGCAGCAGAUGAACCAUCUCAUCCAGGAGAACCGAGACCUGAAGGAGGCGCUGAAGCAGACUAACAUGUCGAUGAAGGAGCGCUUCGAAGGUUUGUCUGUGUGGAGGGAGAAGCAGAGGGAGGAGAAGGAGUUCCUGGAGGGGAGGCUUGAUGAGGCGUGCGGCCUUGUGGAGGCCCUCUACCUCGCACAACCAGGAGCUCAGCAUGAAGGUGGAGGAGCUGGAGGGAGGAGAAGGAGAAGGGAAAGGACAGGCCGAGACAGCCAAUCAGACUGCAGAACUGGAGGCACUGCGUGCCCAGCUGGUGCGUCUGCAGGCUGAGAAGAGUGACCUGGUGGUCAUGAACUCUGAACUCCAGCUCAAGACAGGUCAAGGGUCAGAGGACGACUCCUUCAUAGAGAUCAGGAUUGCUAGAGAGGAUACUGGAAAGGACCUGUAUCAUAAUGAAAGGGACCCCAGGUAUGACAUGAGUGUAUCCAGGCAUGAGUCUGAGGAGCUGACUGUCAGCCAGCUGCUCCAGUCCCUGAGGAAGGAGACCCAGAGGGUGGAGAGGCUACAAAUGGAGCUCCAGGCUACCAGAUCCAGAAUCACAGAGCUGGAGGAGAAAGUAACUAACACGGAGAGCUCCACACAGACCUCACUACUGCCAGAGGUGCUUUCCCCAGCACUAGCCACCACAGCAUGUGGUACUGAGCCAGAACCAGAGGAGGAGCCCCAACAGAACUCUGGGAAGGAGAGGGUAGAUACACAGAUAAGCUCUUACCCAGCCUGUCUCUCACCCUGUAAGAGCAGGGAAGUUAAUAAGAUUGAAAUGUAUUAAUGUACAGUAUGUAAUAGGGAUUUUCCUGGUGAAUAAAAGAAGUCACAGAUAAAGUAAA